AUGAAGCAAAUGAUUCUCACGUGGGUUGCUGCUAUUCUCAGAGGACGCUCUGCGUCAAUGUUGGACUCCCAGUGGGAGCUUCACAUCAGAGCCUCUGGUUCAGAGGUGGGACAAAAGUCCCAACCAGGAAUGGCGACAAUGCUGCUGCCCAUCACUCUCUGCCUCAGUUUGAUCCCUGUGUGUUUCGGAGCUGCGAUUCCUGUUUCAUGUGGGUCCAUCUACAAGAGUUUUGCUCAGUGUUUACUCACACUUGGAGACAGUUUGGUGGAAACACAAAAAGACCAAAACACGCAGGACAUUGACGCAAUCUGCAGGUCCUGGAACGCAUUCCACGUUUGUGCCAAUUCAGCUCUGGCCGGCUGUCCCGGAGAAGCAGCAGCUGUCUGGGAGUCUCUAAGACAAGAGUCCAGGAAGACACAGUUUUCUGGAAACCUGUACGACAUGUGUGCCAGCCGCACCACCCUCCCGCCCAGCUCUGUGCCUGCACCCCAGAGCCCUCCCACCUCCGACCAGACCAACCAGGAAACACUGAAAGGGCAAACAUACAAGCACAGCCCCACCCUCACCACACUGUUGUUCCCCUUAUGCAGCACCCUGCUACUUCUGCUCAGGAGUUAG